UAGGGGUCAAUAAUGACGAUGCAGGGGACCCUUCAAAGAGCUCAAAACGCAUCGAAGCCAAUGAAAAGGGUCUUCGGGAUAGCUCCGAAGUAUCCUUACCAACUAGUAAAGACUCGUCAAUAAUCAAGUGCAUCUCAAUCUUCAUCAUGCCUUACCUAAUACGAGUGCCUCAUUUCGAACCAUUGUACAAGCAAAAGUUGAUGCACAAACAGGCUUUGGCAUUGGUCCAAAAUAUGUUGACACAACUCAAUGAAACAAUGAACAGGAAAGAUCUAAAAGAGUUUUUUGAGAGUUCUACCUUCAUGAAAACAGCUAUAAAGCAUGGAUCAACAGAGGUUAUUACGGCGACUCUUGAGAAAUUCCGCUGCCUAAUUAUGCAUGAAAUUUCAGGACAAACAAUGGUGCAAAUGGCUGUUGAAGAACGAAAUGAUACUAUUUUGAAUUACUUAUGUGAGACCGCUGAUAUUAUGGGGAAAAAAAUGGAUCUUGUUUCUAAAGAUGAUAAAAGUUAUAACACUAUUUUGCACUAUGCUGCAAAUUUGGCGCCUUCGGCUAAACUCAAUUUGGUUUCUGGUGCAGCUCUGCAGAUGCAACGGGAGUUACAGUGGUUUAAGGGUGUGGAACGUAUCCUACGCAUGAAGAGUAGGUGCAGGACAAAUGGAGAUGGAAUUACAGCUCAACAUAUAUUUGCAGAAGAACAUAAAGGUUUGGUUGAGAAGGGUGAGAAAUGGAUGAAGGAUACAUCUGGAUCUUGCAUGUUAGUAGCUGCCCUAAUUGAUACUGUAGCAUUUGCAGCUGCCUUCACAGUCCCUGGAGGUAAUAUCAGUGAUACUAAUAGCGCUACAAAUGGCACCCCAGUUUUCCUGGGAAGGACAUCAUUCACAGUCUUUGUAGUAGCAGAUGUGUUAGCUCUCUUCUCUUCUAUCACUUCAGUACUUAUGUUUUUAGCAAUAUACACAUCACGGUAUGCAGAAGAAGAUUUCCUCAAGUCUCUGCCACAAAAACUGAUCAUAGGACUUGCAACUCUAUUCGUAUCUAUGGCCACCAUAUUGAUAGCUUUUAGUGCAUCACUUUUUAUUGUCCUGGGAGAUAUAUUUACAUGGGCACUGAUUCCUAUAACGUUAUUUGGCUGUGUUCCUGUAGUCUUGUUUGCUUGGUUGCAGUUACCAUUGUUUGUUGAAUAUGUACGUUCUGCGUACUGGGGUUAA